GUCACAGCGCCGCCAAUCAGGCCGGAAGUGCAUUAGCAACAUGAAGCUUGUUUACAUUUAACACUAAGGAAUGAAAACGUGAUUAUAAUAAAGAUUGUGGAAAUAUGACUCGGGAGAUGAAGGAUGUGAGUGUGUAUUUCAGCGGUGUGUUGGAGGUCUCAGAUGUUCUGCUCAUCACACACAAACUUCUCGAGGAGUUUCCCUGCAGAAUUCUGCCUGAAUUCAAACCCUGGUACCCAUCAACAUCCGACACCAACAAACCCAUUAAACCCAGAAAGCCUCCACCGCUGGUCUCCUCUGAAGAUCUCGAGAACAUCACACGCUAUCUGGAGGAACCACAGAACGCUUCAAACACCAAACACAAGAGCAAACCUGAAGAGACCUGGAAAAGAAAGUCACCGAGCAGCCCUGAGACGAGCGCCAGAGAUCAGUGUGUGAGUGAACCGAAGAAGUUCAAACGCUCAUGGUGUGUCAUUACCAACAGAAGCACACCGCUGAAGAUCACACACUCGUUCUCAUGGCUGUUCCGGAAGACUGUCGAGAAACACAGACUGCAUCUUUACCAGAGAGUCAAAUGGGUCGUGUGUGAAGUGAACUGUGUAGUGCACACUAUGGAGGCUGUUUGGCUUGAUCUGAACCGAGCGAUCAGACACUCCAGACUGCCCACAUGCAAUGCCAACUUUCAGAGAGAGUUGGCACAGAUUUGGGUGUACUGUGACGUCUUUUACUGUGAAUACAUCGGGAAUUUCUUGAAACAAGAAUUCCAGCUCUCAGGACAGAUUAGUUUAACAGUUCAUAAACUUGGAGACAUUAUUAAGUUAUAGAUUUGGAGCUUGUUCUGUUUAAAAGUGUAAAUGAUCUUUUUUAAUUAUAGUUUGUGAUAUGCAUUUUAACCCUGGAUUAAAUGGUGCUGCUGUUUGUUUCACAACUGUCUCUGUCCUGCUUGAUUGAGAAUUCAUUUAUAGUGAUAGACCGAUAUAACGGCCAGGCUGAUUAAUCGGCAGAUAUUUGGCCAUUUCGCGAUUACACAGAGCAAUUAUAACAGUGUUUGCUGGGCCAAUUAACAGAAC